UAUAAAUUUAGUGCUUAAUUUUUGUGAUUUGAUCUUAAGACAUGAAUAUGGGAUAGUGAUUUACUAAAAAAACACCUUUAACCAAUAAAUUAAACAUUGGAUUGAAUACAAACAUUCAUUAGUAAAUAAAAAAGUCGUUGGAACGGUCGGAGGCUCGGAGCCGUCCAUUUUUACCUUACAAAAUUUAACUCUUCUUUUUUUCCCUUCAAAUGCUUUAUCUUUCUCAGUAACCAAACAGGCCUCCUAUCCCGUUUAAAAUCCAAGGAACAGGAAAAAGAAAAGGAAAUACCUUUAAACCGUUUUCUUUUUCCUCCACGGCCAUUAAAAAAAAAAAUCAGUUAUUAUCUUUUUGGUUGAUGAGAUUAAGUUUCUUUUUCAAAUUAAUUUGAUUACUUUCCUCUAGUUAGCCAUUUAGGCUUUGUGAUCUUUUCUAGGGUUGUUUCAGAAAGAAAGGGAAAUUGCAUAUAUUUGUUUAUUGUAAGGUGCCAAGGAUUGAUAAUAUUUGUUCAAAUGAAGAAGCGGCAAUGAGGAGAGAGGCAGAGAAAUGGAGGUUAGAUCUGAGAAUAGUAUACAAGUGAGGUCCGACAAGUUCCUUAGUACAGUGAUUCCUAGGACUCGCCUUCAGGUUUGGUUCUUUAGAGUUUGUUCCAGCAUUUUGCUUUGGACUUGUUUGGUACACAUCGUCGCCGUUGCUGAGCUAUGGCAUCCUCGUUUGCUUACCGGUUUUACCAGCCGGAUUUCCUGGAUCACGCGCCCUCCUCUUCGUCUUCAACACUCGCUCCAUUCCCCUCCCCCUCUUGUUCCUCCCAGGUACUAUAGAAGUAAUGGUUUUCUUAAAGUUUCUUGCAAUGGGGGCUUGAAUCAAAUGCGUGCUGCGAUCUGUGACAUGGUAACUGUUGCCAGACUUUUAAAUCUCACUUUGGUUGUACCGGAGCUUGAUAAGAAAUCAUUCUGGGCGGACCCUAGCGAUUUUGAGGAUAUUUUUGAUGUCAGACAUUUCAUUGAUUCGCUAAGGGAUGAAGUUCGAAUUGUCAGAAGGCUACCAAAGAGGUUUAGUAGUAAAUACGGGUUUGAAGCUUUUCAGAUGCCUCCCGUUAGCUGGUCAAAUGAAAAAUACUACUUAGAACAGAUUCUACCACUGUUCAGUAAGCAUAAGGUGGUACACUUCAAUAGGACAGAUACACGACUUGCAAAUAAUGGGAUCCCACUCUCUCUUCAAAAACUGAGAUGCCGUGUUAAUUUCCAAGGACUGAAAUUUACUCCCCAGAUUGAGACAUUGGGGCACAAAUUGGUUCACAUUCUUCAAGAAAAGGGACCCGUUGUGGCAUUGCAUCUGAGAUAUGAGAUGGACAUGUUGGCUUUCUCAGGUUGUACACAUGGUUGCACUGUGGAAGAAGCCGAGGAGCUAAAAAGAUUGAGGUAUGCAUUCCCUUGGUGGAGAGAGAAAGAGAUAGUGUCUGAAGAGAGGAGACAGCAAGGGUUGUGCCCUCUGACACCGGAGGAAGCAACAUUAGUUUUGCAAGCAUUGGGUUUUACUAAGGAAACUCAGAUUUAUAUUGCUUCCGGUGAGAUUUAUGGCAGUGAACGGAGACUGGCACCACUAAGAGCUGCAUUUCCACGGAUUGUUAAAAAAGAAACACUAUUAGAUCCAGCGGAGCUGCAGCAAUUUCAGAACCAUUCAUCUCAGAUGGCAGCUUUAGACUUUAUGGUAACGCUUGCCAGCAAUACCUUCAUUCCCACAUAUGAUGGGAACAUGGCAAAAGUUGUAGAAGGUCAUCGCAGGUAUCUUGGGUUUAAAAAAAGUAUCCUGCCAGAUCGAAAGAAACUUGUUGAAUUGCUGGAUUUGCAUCAGAAUGGGACACUUCCAUGGAAUGAUUUUGCACUAGCUGUAAGGCAAGCGCAUGAAAAACGGAUGGGACAGCCCUUCCAUCGUCGGAUUAUUCCAGACAAACCAAAGGAGGAAGAUUAUUUCUAUGCAAAUCCUCAAGAGUGCCUUUGUGAGGGAACAGGUUGUGAAGACUUACUAGACCCUCGUAAAUCAAGUAAGCUACAAUGACUGCAGGUAAGCAGCUCUGAAACUCAGCUCGAAAUGGUUUCCACGCAACUGUUCCUAAACUUUAUGGACGAUAACCAGUCAGGUCCUGGAGAAAUGCUCUAAACAUCCAUGUAUAAAUGUACUUAAAAAGAGUUUUGUAAGAAACAACAGCAGGAAGUCCUCCAGGUUCCAUCUAGGCACAGAAAGAAAAAAAAGGAAACAUAUUUUAUCCCCUUUUUGCUUAUAGAUUUAUUUGUUUGUUGUCCCCCGCUUACCUGUUGAUUUUGUAUUCAGCACUGUCACAUAAUUCCACUGUUGAAUUAACCAAAUAUUUGUACAGUUUCCCUUGUCUCUAGUUCCUCAAGUGCCUUGAUGUGAAGAAUUGAUUUCUCAUCUUCUGAAUCUAGCACAAAUCAUCACACAAAAGGAAUGCAUAACCAGGAAAUCAUUAAUGAUUUUAUCUAGCUGCAGUUCAAUGUUAAAUUGUUAAGAAAUAUAGCUCGGGUUGAGGAUGGAUAAAAAGAGUAGCUACUAGGCAACAGAAAUCAUCUACCAAGCAAAAUUCCCUACAGCAAAACUACAACAUGAUUGAAGGGCAUUGUUAAAAUGUUGUGCAAACUAAAUUUGGACAGUCGUGAUGGGAAUUUCCUUCGAUCUUUAACACAUGGACCUUGAUAUAUAUUGCAAGUCUUUGACAUGACCUAGUUGGUCUCCCAGAAGAUGAUUUCACCUUGCUCUCCAACUAGACCAAGAUCUUUGAGCCUUCUUUCCUGGUAAUAUUCCAACUCAUCCAAUUCUGAUUCCCGUCCUUUAAAUAUCUCAUCAAUUUGCUGGAGCACCUUCUUUUCUCCUGCCCUGAUUCCUACAGCAAUUUUCAGCCUCGAAUCAAGAUUUUCGUCUUCCAUCAGCUUUUCAU